GCUUCCAAGGAGCUCCAGCAAGCUCAGACAACCAGACCAGAAUCUACACAAAUUCAGCCUCAGCCUGGUUUCUGCAUAAAGACCAACUCAUCGGAAGGGAAGGUUUUCAUCAACAUCUGUCACUCUCCCUCCAUCCCGCCUCCGGCUGACGUGACCGAGGACGAGCUGCUUCAGAUGCUGGAGGAGGACCAAGCCGGGUUUCGCAUCCCCAUGAGUCUGGGAGAGCCUCAUGCCGAACUGGAUGCAAAAGGCCAGGGCUGUACCGCCUACGAUGUAGCCGUCAACAGCGACUUCUACUGGAGGAUGCAGAACAGCGAUUUCUUGCGGGAGCUCGUGAUCACCAUCGCCAGGGAGGGCCUUGAGGACAAAUACAGCUUGCAGUUGAACCCAGAAUGGCGCAUGUUGAAGAACCGGCCUUUCCUGGGCUCUAUCUCUCAGCAGAACAUCCGCUCUAAGCAGCGUCCUCGGAUCCAAGAGCUGGGGGACCUGGACACGCCAGACUCCCGGAGUGCUGAGGGAGGCCCAGAGAAGCCUCACCUAAACCUUUGGCUGGAAGCUCCUGAUCUCCUCUUAGCCGAAAUUUACCUCCCCAAACUGGAUGGAGCCCUGGGGCUGUCGCUGGAGAUUGGGGAGCACCGCCUGGUGAUGGGGGGGCCCCAGCAGCUGUAUCAUCUGGACGCCCACAUCCCCCUGCAGAUCAACUCCAACGAGACCAGGGCGGCCUUCCAUCGGAAGAGGAAGCAAUUGAUGGUGGCCAUGCCCCUUCUGUUGGCGCCUUCUUGACCAAGCUUUCUCCCUGUGUGUCCAGAUGUGGCGAGCAGGCUGGUGGCUUCCCUUAGAAUUGAAAUAAAAGAUUCUGCCUCUG